GACAUAACGACACUUUCUUGUGCAUUUUGUGGAGCUGAAAAAGAAACCUUAUUCAAAUGUUCAAGAUGCAAGUACAGUUGGUAUUGCAACAGAGACUGUCAAAGAUCCGAUUGGAAAGUUCAUAAAAUGAUAUGCACAAAAGUGAAAGAAGGUCCAAACAGUUUAUCAAAUGCUUUUCAAAUUGACUCAGCCAAAAUUGCUGAUUUCGUUUGCUACGAGCUAAACAAAAACGGCUUUUGCAUACUGAACGAUUUUCUGUCUGUAACUGCAUCAGAAAGCAUACUUCAUGAGGUCAUAACGCUUGAUAACACUGGCAUUUUCAAAGAUGGCCAGUUGAGUGGCGGUUUGACUUCGUCAGAAAAUGCUGAGAAAUACAGCGAAAAGAAAAUUCGCGGCGAUAGAAUUACUUGGGUUGAGGGGAAGGAACAUAAUGUCAACAAUAUAAGAGAGAUUUAUAUGAGUAAAGUUGAUGAUUUAGUCCUGCAGUGCAACGGAACAAGCCGGAAACUUGGAGGGUACGAUAUACAAGGUCGAACUAAGGCAAUGGUAGCCUGUUACCCAGGGCAACAGACAGGUUAUAUAAAACAUGUUGACAAUCCAGAUGGCGAUGGGCGAUGUCUCACUGUUCUAUUUUAUCUGAACAAGGGGUGGACAGAAGAAAAUGGGGGUAAAUUGAGAAUUUUUAAAACAAAUCGAAAUUAUGAUGUAGAGCCACUUUUUAACCGGCUUGUACUGUUUUGGUCUGAUAUGAGAACACCACAUGAAGUUUUACCCUCAAAUUCUAUACGAUACGCUAUAACCAUGUGGUACUUUGACAAGGAGCAAAGGGAACAUGCAAAGCAACUUCAGAAACACAAGAUGAUGGGAGAGUUUGGUUUUGAGGUAAUGAUUAAAGAUUUAGAAAGCAAAAAGAAUGAAAGAGAUCAAGCCCAGAAGAAACUAGAUGAAGAAUCUGAACGACUUGUCAAAAGUAUGAUGACUGAUGAAGACCUUGAUGCCAUGUCGGAAUUGAUUAAAGGCCAUGAUGAUCCCAGAGCAAUCUUAGGAAUGUAUGGCAUUUCUCCAAGUAUUUUAGAUGCUCUGUUGCGAGUUCUAAGUAAGAGGACGUGAAUGGUUACUAGGCUAAUUCAAAUGUAUUUUUAAACAUGGGAAAGCUUAGUGGUUCCUGUUAAACCAAACAUUCAGCAGGACAAACAGGUUUUUCCAAUGCCAUGUAUCAUUUUACUUAGAUGGUGUUUCCUUUGUAUAUAAAUGAAAUCCACUCAAAAUAAUAAGAUGCAUCAGAGCUGAAAGAAAACAUGUCUUGUAAACUGAGGAAGAGCAAGCAAGAGUAUAAUGGCUGCUGAUUUUCAUCAUCUAAUGUUAAAUGGAAGACAAAUUUACAAAUUUUAGUCUAAAAUCUCUGUAUAUAUGAAUGUAAUUUGUUAACUCAAACUGAAACAAAGUUUUCAUUUUGUUUCUACUUUUGCUGUUUUUUUUUAUCUUCAAACAAAAGCCUUCUGCUUAUGUUGUAGUGUGAACAGACUUUAAGUGAACUUAAAGAAAAACAUUUUGUUUGCUGAAGAAGGGAGAAUGACGAAACGUUCAUUAAAGAGUAGAAAACCAA